GAGGAAUUCCUGUCGAAGGAUCACGAGAAAAGUAUGCAUAUGCUGGAGAAAGCGGAACGAGAAGCGAAACUGACGGAGGAGAUUAGCGCCCGGAGGAACGAGCUCGCUAAGCAAUUUGGCCAAAGCAGACUGGACGUUUACGUUUGGGAGGAAAAUUGGCGGCUGGUGAAGAUGUGCCAGAUGUUCCUCUAUCAGGUAUCGCCCGUCGCCUGGAGGGCCAAGUACGACUGGCUCCAACGGCCCGAGUCGGGCAGAAGCAUCAUCUUCACCGACGCCCCGUCCACAGACCUGUUUAGCAGAUACAAGACGCUGGAUGAGAGCGCAUCCUUGGAGAACUUGAUAGAACUAUUCGAGCAGGACGUAGCUGACGCUGGCCCGGCCGAAUUGUACUUCGAGGACCCGUUCGACCUGAUCCGCAUCUUCCGGGCGAUGGAGACCCAGAAUUUAAACGCGCUCAUACAUCUCGAAUCGCUCGCCGCACCGAUGGCAGACAUAACUAAGACGAUCACCGUAACCGAAGCGCAGAUCAAACGAGAGAUCAGCGAGAUUACUUCGAUGAUCAACGAUUUGGAAAAUUCCAUCGCUAAGGCAGAAAGCAGAGCGGCAAAGCUCGAGGAAUACGCUAAUUACCUUCUUCGAGAUGUUUUCCGACGUCUAGUCUGCUCUGAGGAGGUACUCUAUCUUCGCGUCUUCGUAGAAGAUACCUACGAGAACUGCAUAGGCCCGAACGACGCGAAUCUUGAUAGUUUCUCGAUGAUGAAGUGGAUCGAAAAAAUCUACGAAGAGCUUAAUCUUCAGCUGGAUAAUCUGCCGCGCGAAAUCGUCCGUGCUUGCGAGCGGGAAGGAUUCCGACAAGAGAUGAAGUCUAUAAAGGAGGCGGAAGACGCCGCGAAAAAGUUCGAGCUGAUGCACCGACUACUGGACGCGCUGAAGCGCAUCAUGGAACCGCCCGCGACGAAGAAACGGCUACUAAUUCGGCGUUCGGUACCGAUCACGACGAAGGCGAGGCUGCCGUCGCGAAUGCCGAAACCGACGGAUGAGGAAGCUCAGUUUCUCACCUUCUUCACCGAUUACUGCGGACGCGAGGACUUCGUCGCGUAUCGUUCCAAGUUUCCGGACGAUUUCGACCUGACAUUCCGAAGGAAGCGCGACGAUAUCGAGGCCGAAGUGGCAACGUUCAACGACGUAUCUUCGAGUCGAGAACAAAUCAUGCGGGAAAAGGAGAAAGAGGAGGUGACCGAGGAAGAAAGAAAAUGAAUGGUGCCGUCAUUGA